AUUGAAGAUAAAAGAAAAAUGGUGAUAAAGCAAAAUUUAAUCAGUACACUUCCGGUUAAAUUUCCAAUAUGGCGGGGAAUGAGACAAUUUUGCGACUCUUCAAAACGAAAACACUUAUUUCUCCUUAUUUGUUAAGCAGAGUAUUCAUUCUUAUAUUGUAAAACUAAGGUUUCGAUAUUGUCAUUCAAACGCAAUCAUCAAACAUGUGUGACGUCUGCUCAGAUUUGCUGACAAUACUUGAAAACUUUGAAGAAAGAAGUCAGCAUGGGGGGUUUCAUAUGGACAAAAAAGAGAUUCUUUCCUUUGUGCUGUAUGUUUGUCUCUGGCCUCAAAGGCAAUGUAUGUGCUGCUUCAAGGACUACAGAAACUUUGAGAAGCUCAAUACAAUGGUUCAAGAUGCUCUCAGUGUUGGUAUCAGACUGAUACAGACUCUACCUGAAGAUAACGAGAAAGAACUGACACAGAGAGAAAAGGAUACAACUGUUGAGAAAGCAGAUGACAAAGAGGAUGCAAAGAAGAUGGCAGAAAGUGGCUCAGAGGGUGAAAAAACAGACAAAGAAAGUGAAAGUGAAAAACAGGAUGACAAAGAAAAAGAUGUCUGGACAAUAGAGGAAAAAGAGAAAUUACUGCAGUUUGUCACCAAAGUCUUCCUAAUGAACUUCCCAUCAUACAUUGCAUACAAACAUAUAGUACACUCCAGUUUAGAGGAACUGUCUCAACAGGAAACAAGUGCUUUGAAUAAUUAUUGUGAAAUAUCAGAUCCAGAGGUGCCCCUGUUCUUAUUGCGCAAUGUUUGUUAUUUCUGUGAUACAAAUGGUAUAGGAUCUCUGAAAGUGUGUUUUGAGAAGGCUACACCUGAGACACUGCCGUUCAACUUUGCACAUAUACUUAUCACCUUAAUAGCUAAUCUUCGUCUGUGGAUGAAUAUACCAACAGUUAUGCAGUAUAUUGUACCUCUGAGAACUGCCGUUAUAAGAUACAUGUGUAAACUAUCGGAUAAGGACUUGAGAAUGGCAGGUAACCGUAACAUGACAGAUCUGAUGUGGGCAGCCGUCAAGGAACCAUUGGAAACACAUUUUACGUUUGACAAGGAUGGUUUGGAACUGGCAUUUAAAUAUUUUACGUGUUCAACUUUGACCAUAAGACUUGCUGGAAUUGCUCAAUUGAAUAAUCAAAUAACACUUUACAAUGAAAGUUGUAACAAUGAAACACUGAUGGAUGCAGAAAGAGAAGGUCGCCAGCUAGCUGAUUGGUUAAUAGAUAGCAAGAUCAUAGAACAUAUAUUUGGACCCAAUCUACAUGUAGAGCUGAUAAAACAGAGUCAGAUUAUCCUGAAUUUUCUGGCAGUUGAAGGUAGAAUUACAAGUGAACAUGUAGAUUGUAUAUGGGCAGCUGCUCAGUUGAAGCAUUGUGGAAAGCAAGUUUUUGAGUCACUUAUUCCAUUGAUAAAGAAUCUUGAACUGCAGCCAGUCCAGCAUCUACUGCAGUUGGUAUCCAGUCUAGAUAUUGCUGCACACACUGAAUCUACCCUAUAUUUGGCAUCAGCGUUGAUCAAGUGUGUAUGGAACACAUGGGCUGUACAACCAAAAGCUUCACUGCCACAAAACCAGAAUUACAGUGCGGCCAAACAUGAACACACAGACAGUGAUAAGCAGAAACAUGAUUUAAGUAGCAGUGAAAGUAUUCAAGUGUCAGAAGAUGGUGAUGGUGAUAGAAGAAAAGUUCAGAGACCCGGAACACCAGAAGAGCUUGAUAGAUCUGUAGAAAGCAGUGGUGAAUCACCGAUAAAGAGAAAGGUCGUUCAUAAACAUAGACAUGUAAAGAAAUCCGAGGGUCAGGAAUCCGAAGAUGGAGAAAGUGUUGUUGAUAGUGAGGGAGAUGUUCAUAGUGAAGAAGAGGAAGAGUCUGGGGCAGAGCAAUGUGGGUGUGGUCAUGAGCACGGGGUCAGAGGUCAUCAUGCUCAUCAUGUACGUGCACACAGGCAUCACUUGCAUGAGCUUCACCAAGAAGCUGAGAGCGGUGACAGUGAAAGUGAGAUGGAAACUAGCGACUCCAGUGAGGGUUUGAACCUUGAAGGAUUAGACAUUGACACCCUCAGACAGCGUGCUAUAGAAAUGCACAAAAAAGGUCAUCACAAACACCAUCAUAUAGAAGGAGAAAGUUCCGAGGAGAUUGACCCAGAGGACGAGGAGGAAGAAGAGCUUGACUCGGAAUUUCUCGACUCUGAAGAUGAAGAAAUACUUAAACAAAGAAAAAUCAAGCAGUUCCUAGAGGCACAUGACCUGCACGAGAACAGUGAGGAAGACUCGGAGUAUGAUGAAGAGGAGGAUGAGGAGGAGUACGAGCAUCACGUGCUGCGGCAAGCUCAUGCCUUCCACAAUCACCAGUUAGCCAUGCACAGGAGGAAACACUUAGCCAUGCAGCAACGGAAACAGAAAAUGCUGGACAAGAAAGCAGAAGAGGAGAGGGUUCAGGCUGGAAACAUCCCCACUGUGGUGAAGGAGACUGAAGGAAAAGCUGAUGAAAAAGUAGAGGGCAAUAACUCUGGUCAUGACUCUGACACUGCUGCUGUGGCAGCUUCCCUGCUGGAAGAGAACGAAGGAAAAGUAAAACAAGCACACAGUGAUACAGAGGUGUACGACUGUACACAUAUUGGGGAAACAACACACAAGAAACAACAUAGACAUGCACGCAGUUACCAUGGAGAUGAGAUUAUGAGUCCAGAUGAUAGAAGCUGUCAUAGUUCACACCUUAGUAACAAGUCGGAGAAGAACAUGGCCGACUUUGAUGGGGAGGAUCUAUUGAGUGAUGACGAGUUGUCACAGAUCAAUGCUCAUUCACAGCUAAACUCACAUGCCCACUUCGGUCAUCUCUCCAGCAUGGCGUCAAUGUAUCAUACACAUAUGCCACAUGUGAUGAGCCAACGUCAGUCUCAGAAAGAGUCAUCAACACAUACAAACAGUACAACAUCUAGUUGUUCCGAGUUUAAUUUUGAAGAUGUUUGUAAACCAGGAAACACGUUGCUAUGGGAUCUUGUACAGGAUGAUAAAGCGCAUCUUCUGCCUGAUGGUUUAGCUGUAGAUGCUGAAAAGGUGCUACAUAGUCUUGUGUGCUUCUGUACAGACAGACGAAUCAAGAAAAAGUUCAUUGAAGCUUGUAUUAAUAACCUGGCUCACCAUAAGUCUGUGGUUGUAUCACUACGGUUACUUCCUAAGAUAAUCUACUCCUUCCAGCAGUAUCGUAGUGAUUCUAACUGUCACGCUAUCACACAGUGGUCCGAGAGGGAGCUGGACAUGAUGUCACAUUUCUUUGUGAAUCUCGUACAUUAUACUGACUAUCAUAGAGAACAUGGCACUCCAAACACUGCUCUGUACAGUCAUAAAGAGGAGAUACAAGUUCGACUUGUGUUCCUGUCUGGUGUGUUCUCUUCAACGUGUUCAACUGAUAACUUCAGAUUAAAUCUAGACCAGGUAGACACACUGUGGGCAUGCCUGGCCAAUGAUAAAGACUGCUGUGAUGAAUGGUUAAGUUGGAUGCUGAAUCAAGCCAAGAGUAAAGAUCAUCACGCUCUCGGCUUAGAAACAUUCAAACAUAUAUUCCUGGAAAAGAUGCCACAGUUGAGUCCAAAGUCAACCAGUAUGAUAGGUUUAAACCUGUUCCAGCAGUUAUCACACCUGUCCAGGAUUGCCAAUGCGUCCAGUGAUUGUUCAUUGCCAGAAGAUAAGAUCAGUGGUAUGGAUCAGCUAUGGGAGAUAGCUCUACAAGCAUUGAAUGCUGAUGUCAGCAUAACAGCUAUACAGUAUGUAAACGGUUACUAUAUAGGGUUCGGGAACGGUUUACUGGAGAAGGAGGAGGAAUUUGUUCAGAGAUGUAUGGACAGUUUAGUGAGAGCUACCAACAAUGUCCAGGAGGAUCCAGACACGAGUUUGAUGGUGAUACAACGUGGUCUUGUCCUCAUGAAGAACCAUCUAGAGCUGUUCAGAAAGAGGUACGCAUUUCAUCUACGGAACUGGCAGAUCACUGGGAAUGGCAUUAUCAGUCAUCAACGCAGUCUUGUAGAUAAACAGUCAGCACAGAUCAGGAUACUGCUGCAACCUGCAGGACUCGGAGAGAAGACACAGGUAGAAAUGUCGUCCACUGACCUUGUAGCUGAACUGAGAGCUGAGGUAACUAACUGGUGGGAACAAUUACAGAAACAACAAAUCCAGGCCGGGCAACAGAGGGAGGCAAGUGGUUUAGGAAGUAGUCUGUUAACUCCUAUACUUGGUGCUAUGUUAGGGGAUGGGCCAAUACGAAUGAUCACCCAGGGUCAGGAACUGACAUGUGAGAUAGACGAGAAAACUCUCAGUGAGAUGUCUUUCAAAGACGGUCAGAUUGUGUUUGUUUCUGUUGGAGCUGGGCGCCAGCCUAGGAAGAUGGAUGGUUCCAUUCCCUCUGCUAGCCUACCAAUUCCUCCCAGAGAUAAAUUACCCAUGAUGCUUCUGAACCAGGAACCAUUUUUUGGUCAGCUUCUGACAAUGUUAGAGAGACUGAGCAGGCUUGAUCUAGCUACACUCAAUAUGGAGAGUCAAGAAAAGUUAAACCAAACUACAAAAGCGACUGUAUUAUCAAGGAAGGUGUGGGAACUACUGAUGCUGCUGCCCACAAACUCGGACGUCCUGCAAGGAUUUAGGAGCAUUACUCAGGAUAAGACCCCCAGUAUGACUCCCAACUGGCAGAAGUUGCUUGACCCCCAGGGUCCACACAGAUUGAUGUACUCUCUUCAGAUUGUAGAGGGGCUUUCAAGGGGUCCUAAACAUAGGAGAAAAUCUACAGCCCACCGAGGGGGUGGAGAUUCUUUACGGAUGAGCACGGAGUCUGAGAUGUCAGUAGAUGAGGAGCAGGCUCCGGAGGAACUCUGGAGUAAAAAGUUUAUAGAGAAGAAAGGGUUGAGUCAUAUGUUCAGUAUAUUUAUGUCUGGCAGUCUACAGAUGAAAGAGGAUGAAGCUUGGAGUCAGUGGGACCAAGAGUGUCUUGCAUUUCUUCUACGUCUGAUCACCCAGUUUUCUAUAGAUGCUUCGGACAUUGAGGCUGGACAUGAUGAUGUGUUUGAAACAUACGAGAGUCCUCGCAAGAAACUCAAGAAACAAAAACAACAGGAUAAAAUUAUCAUUCCCAGACUAGAUCAGAGUAUUAUAUCAAUGUUGAAUGUUGGUGAUGUUCUCCAGAUCUUGAUGAGAAUUCUCUAUGAUGCUGCCAUGCCUGUCGACUCAAACCAGAUACAUGCAGGGACGUGGGGUAGAACAGAAGUUGUGCACUACUCGCUGUCCUUCCUUGUAUCCUGGGCAUUCUCGUCGGAGAAAGUGAAAGACUGCUUGUGUUCAUCCCCUAACUUUGACAGCUGGUUAAAGCGGCUAACCUUGGAGGCACCAGAGCCACACGUCCGUCGUGAAGCAUGUGCGGGCCUUUACAGACUGUGUUUUGGUAGAACUGCUGAGGGAAAGACUGGUUAUCCAUUCUUGUUGCCAAUUUUAGCCAGUCUUCUUAGUUUCCUGCCAGAUGCAUUGAAGAUAAAACCACAGAAAAGAUUGGAUGAUGAAGGUUCCCCUAAAGAGAAAGAACCAUAUGGUCCUGGAUGUAGAGAUUAUUUCUGGCUGGUGUGUAGGUUUGUAGAGAGUAUCUCCAAGGCUGAUGCUAACGUUGAGUCGGAUAGCCCAGUAAAUUUGAACACCUUAGCAAGGGAAUUGAGUCAACACCUUUUGAACAGAGAGUUUUUAGAGACUCGCCAUGGGUAUGAGGAAGAUGAUGGUCUUAUUGGACUGUUCAAUAUUGCCACAGCAGUAUUCAAACAUAAUCCACCAUAUAAAAAUACUGAUGAAUGCAGGGAAUUUCUGGGAGAAGUAUUUCAGAGUCUUUUCGCACUGCCUUCACCAACAAAACGUUACUUCCCGAAAUGUAAGAGUCAGGCGUCAAGAUCUGGAGCCUACGAUCUGCUGGUGGAACUGGUGAAGGGAAAUAUUGACAACUAUAAAAUACUGCAUGCUAAGAUGUUACAACAACAUACCAAAGAUACACAUGCACCAUACCCAUGGGACUACUGGCCACAUGAAGAUGGGAGAUCUAAGUGUGGAUAUGUUGGACUGACCAAUCUCGGUGCUACCUGCUAUAUGGCAACAUGUAUGCAGCAUUUAUACAUGAUACCACAAGCCAGGCAGUCUGUAUUACAGGCCAAGUGUUCAAUCCAGACCAAGCAUGAAAACACAUUGAUGGAGCUGCAGAAAAUGUUUGCUUACUUACAGGAGAGUGAGAGAAAAGCGUACAACCCACGUGGAUUCUGUAAGGCUUACACAAUGGAUAAACAGCCUCUCAAUACAGGAGAACAGAAAGAUAUGACAGAAUUCUUUACAGACUUGAUCACUAAACUUGAGGAAAUGUCACCUGACAUGAAAAAGUUGAUCAAGACAUUAUUUGGUGGAGUGAUUACAAAUAAUGUUGUAUCCUUGGACUGUCAACAUGUGAGUAGAACAUUGGAGGAAUUCUACACUGUCAGGUGUCAAGUCACUGAUAUGAAAAAUCUAUAUGAAUCACUAGAUGAGGUGACUGUCAAGGAUAUGUUGGAAGGGGACAAUAUGUAUACAUGUUCUAAAUGUGGCAAGAAAGUGCGAGCAGAGAAAAGAGCAUGUUUCAAGAAGUUACCAAAGAUAAUAUGUUUUAACACGAUGCGGUACACAUUCAACAUGUUAACUAUGAUGAAGGAGAAAGUGAACACUCAUUUCUCGUUCCCUCUCAGGCUCGAUAUGUCACCCUACAUGGAGAAAAAUCUUAUCUCCUCGGAUAAACUACAGCAAGAUGAGGAUGAUGAUAAUGGGUUUAUAGAGAGAGACACAGGUGUACCGGAUGAUGAACAUUAUGACUAUGAACUGAUUGGUGUAACGGUACACACCGGAACAGCUGACGGGGGUCAUUACUACAGUUUUAUACGUGACAGGUUGAACAAGUCAGAGUCUGGACAGGACAAAUGGUUUUUGUUCAAUGAUGCUGAAGUGAAACAGUUUGAUCCUACACAGAUAGCUACAGAAUGUUUCGGUGGAGAAAUGACUAGUAAAACCUAUGAUUCAGUUACUGAGAAGUUUAUGGAUUUUUCAUUUGAAAAGACAAACAGUGCAUACAUGUUGUUCUAUGAGAAAUGUUUACCAAGUAUGAAGGAGAAGGUACCAGAGGAAGAAAAAAUAGGGGAACCAGCCAAAAAAUUCAAUUUUGAACUUUCAAAAGAACUUGAACAGUGGAUCUGGCAGGACAAUAUGCAAUUCCUUCAAGACAAAAACAUUAUAGAACACACUUACUUUGAUUUUAUGAUGCAGACUUGUUCCUAUAUCCCAACAACAUUACCAAAGACAGAUCCACUGCUUGUAGCCUUGAAAUCCUCACAGCUGAGUACAUCCUUUGUCCUAGAAACAUUUAUACACGCUAAAGAAAAACCAACCAUGGUCCAGUGGAUAGAGUUGUUAACCAAACAGUUUAAUUCGUGUCAGGCUGCAUGUGAGUGGUUCUUGGAUCAUAUGGCAGAGAGUGAUUGGUGGCCACAACAGAUCCUUAUCAAGUGUCCUAACCAGAUCACUAGACAGAUGUUUCAGAGGCUGUUGAUACAUGUGAUAAACAGAUUAAAACCAACACAAAUAGAGCUGUAUCUACAACCCUUCAUUGAAAAUGAAGAUGGUGAAAUAGACACAGUACAGUUAGGUAACAAGUCAUGCGUGACCAGAUUUAUCAAGAAAAUGCUCAGUAUACUUGAGCAUGGAGUGAGGCCACACAGCAAGUAUUUGAUGGAGUAUUUUGCAUUUUUGUAUGACUUUGCCAAGAUGGGUGAUACAGAGUGUAUGUUCCUUAUACAUACCAACUCUAUAUCUACCAUGGUCAACUUCUACAUGGGACAGAAAGCACAGGAAAAUUAUGUGGAGAUACUGUCUGAUGAUGAAGAGGAGGAAGAAGUUAUAACGAUACCAGACGACACAUAUAAACCUCUGUCACUGGAGAAAAUGAUUGCUCUCAUAUCUCUACUUGUGGAGAAGUCGCGGAGUGCCGAGGAUAACCAGCUACAGAUUUCGGAUAAAGAUUAUAAUUGUAUUAUUGCUGGUAAUAAAGGGUAUCCUUUCCUCUUCAACCAGAUUCGAGACAACAUCAAUGUCCGACAGACCUGUAACCUUAUAUUCAGUCUGUGUCGUUGGAAUGAUGGACUGGCUAGUGCAAUUGUGAAUAUGGUUUUUGGUGCUAUAAAGAAGUUAAGUCCAGAGCAAUCCCAACCAUUCUUCAAACUGAUGUCUAUGCUAGUGGAAUUUGUUGGAGGCCCUCCAGGGAUGCCCCCAUUUACUCAGCUUAUACUGCAGAGGUUCUGGGAGUUGGCAAUGUGUAAUCCAGUGGCAUGUCUAGAUUGGAUGGCCAAUCAGGUGACUCGUAACAAACUGGCCAAUCACUACAUGCUUAACCAGAUGGACAGCUGGGUGGAACAUUAUCUCAUCAAAAACAACAACGCUAGAGUCAGAAAUUCUGCUGGUGCCCUGGUUGUAUCACUGGUACCCAGUACACAUUUUAGACAGAUGUAUAGAACCUCUAGAAGUGUUCUCAGUCCACAUAAAGAAAUCCCGAUGAGCAGCGAGGCUCUGAUGGUGCUACACAAAGUUUAUGAGCAUUUACUGAGUCUGUUACCACGAUGCCGACUCUAUGUAGAUCCUCAAACACAGGGAACAACAAAACUUAUUUGUUAUUUCACAGUCUUACAAUUCUGUCUGGUGUCCAAACAGGAGAAACUCAUGUUUGCACAUCAUUUCAAUGACUUGUGGGCACUUUUCCAGCCCAAAUUGUCAGAACCACAGAUCUCAAUGCAUCACAAUAAACAGGCACUGUUGUUAUUCUGGUACCAGGCUUGUGUAGAUUGUCCAGAGAAUGUAAAACUGAUUGUCACCAACUCACAUGUCUGUAAACAUAUACCAUUUACAUACAUACUUGCUGACCAUGAGGACCAGGAUGUAAUGAUGUUUAAUCGUAUGACAUUACCUGCAUACUACGGACUGUUACGUAUGUGUUGUCAGCAAUCAAGAAUAUUUACAAGACAACUAGCUCAGCAUCAAAAUAUUCUGUGGGCUUUCAAGAACAUAACACCUUAUCCUGCCCAGUAUCCAGGGGCUGUAGAUGAAUUGUUCAAGAUGAUGCGACUGAUGGCAACCAAGUACCAGGACUGCAGUGAUGAGGAAAUCAAGGCCAUCAACAGCUUCAGACGCAACACCAUACAGCUGUAUCUACAGAAUCUUGAUGCUCGGUCAGGAUGGCAAACUUUGAUAGGAGCCUUGAAGAUUUUGGUUGACACAGAGACUGACAGAUUGAUAGUCUUGUUUAACAAAGGUCUUCAGAUGUUGGGUGAGGCAUUUAUCACCCUACAUGUGAUGUACCAUGAGGCCACAGCGUGUCAUGUGACGGGUGAUAUUGUAGACCUGUUGUCCAUAUUGCUGCAGGUGCUCAAAAAUGCCAGGAACUAUGUCGAGCAAAAGAAAGGACCACAGUCGAAUGAUGUGAAGAUGUAUGUACACAGCUGGGAUGAGAAAGUUACUAUAGCAAAGAAGUUACUGACACUUCUCAACUCCUAUACUCCUCCUGAGAUACGUACUGUCUGUAUAGAUGUGUUAAAGGAAAUGAUACUGACGUAUCAGAGUGAGUGUAUCAAUGCUAUAGUUCCCAGUCUGACACAGGCACAUCUCUCAUACCAGGAUACUUCCAUGCCAUUGGCAAAUGGUCCUUAUUUUCCAAGGCGUGGACAGAAACCAAUUGGACCAAAGUCCAAUAUACGACCACCAAGACCGCAUUUCAACAUGCUCUUACAUACUAGUCAAAUAGAGGCAACAAAGGGAGUAGAUGAAAUGUAUGAUGCAGCGUUGCAGGAUUUUUUCAUUCCCUAUCAUUCAAUGGUUGAUCUCAUGUGUAGGGUAGCUGUCAAUCAGCAGAUCCUUACUGAACCCAUUAUCACAUUUAGUGCAAUGGUUGCGUAUGAAGGUGUUCCAUUACAUUCCCCAUACUUUGCAAAACUUUGGUACGAAAUCUAUCACACAGAGGUUGACAAAAACUUCAUCAAGAUAUUAUGUACCAGUAGUUUCUUCAUAGACUAUGUUGAUGCUGUAUUGAUGGACGAACGACUGUCUCUAAACAAUCAAAAUAUAUACCAGUUCUUCUGUAACUUUUUUCCCAAGGUAUCUGACCAGGUUCUAAGUGAGCAAGGGAGACCACUCUUGGAUUCGCUCGUAGCUUCUAUCACUGCCGAAAAAUCUGCAGUAGAAAACAUGAAGUCUGAACGUGAGCUUAUGGCCAUCUUCCAAAGAAUUUCUGGGGACUUGCGUGCAAUGUUGUUAAUAUUUUCUGUGCAACCACCAAAACACAUGAACAAAAUGCUGUACGAGAGCCUACAGUAUAUACUGCAUGUUUGUCGGGAACAUCAGCAACAGAGAGCAGAGCAAACUACAUCAACACGUACACGUCAGCAGAGACGGAGAAACUCUUCACAGGAGAGUCAAGAUAGCAGUGUCUCAGAAGAAUCUGGAGAAACACCCUCAAAAAGAAGAAAAAUGUCAUCAGAUUCUAAUAAAGAGGGAGGUGGUGACAGUGGAAAGACCGAGUCAAAUACUGAAACAAAAUCCAAAGACAAUAAAGAGUCAGAAAAACCUGAAACACGCAGCACUGAACGUGCAAAAACAGAAAAUAAGACUGAAGGCAAAAAGAGACAGAGCAGUGGAAAAUCAGACUCAGAACCAGACAUAAAAGAGAGUCUUGGUUCCCCGAGACCUGUCACGAGGCCGGAAACUCCUGAGCCAGGACCCAGUUCAUCCAGUAAACCGAAAGAGACCAGUAACCAGGGUCAGGAUCAAGAAGAGGCGGGAACAUCCAGUCAGCGUCAAAACAGACGCGAGAGUCAGGAGGAGCCACAGAGACCACGGCCUCGAGAUCGGCCAAUGUGGGUCGAUAUUGUGGCAAAACAUAUUGAAUCUCUGUUCAACCUGCUCUCAAAAAGUGACAGUGAUAGCUAGGUUUUGUUGAUAAUAGUUCAUUUAAUAAAUAUGCAUUGGUUUAGUGCUGAUUUGCCCAAAACACUUACAACCAUAAUAGGUCAAAGAAAAUAGAAUUUCAUUGACAGAUGAUGGAAUGAUGUGUGUUAAUAAACUACUAAGUAUGUGUAACUGCUGCAUACAAGUUUUGCAGUAGGUGGGCAAAAGACUUCACCAUGUGAAAUUUGAUGGUGUUUUUAAAUUAAAGUUGGGCUGAUUCAGCUUUACCAUUGGUUUGUAAUAAUUUUUUAAUGAUAUAUUUAUUACUACAAAGUAUAUCACAAAUAAUGUAGAAUACACCUGGCUAAGAACUACAUUUCAUCAUUAUUGGAAAAACCAUAUUUAUAUGUAUAGAUAGAACUUUCCAGUACCAAUGUUGUUGAUGACUCCAUUCAUCAAUAUGCAGACAUUUAGAAUUUCUUGUUCAAACUGCCAUGGUGCUUUCAGUUAUGGUGCAUUUUGUGUUGUGUUAUCUAUAUUGUAGCUGCUUGAAGCUACAUUUCUAUCACAUGUGUAGCAUUGAUUCCAUUUAUGGCAUAUAUGCCAUAUACACUUUUCCAUAAGCUGACAGUUACGUAUUUUUACACAGAUAACUUGUGUAUAUCUUUUAAUUCCAAAUUUUAUGUUAAGUUCCUUUUAGUAGGACCAUCCUUAAAAUCUGUUUAUUUGCUAUGCCCAGACUCGUAAUUCUAGGUGCUACAUUAAUAGAACUAUGAAGACGUAUUUCUCAGAUUUUACAGGUUAAUCAGAUUAAAAAUGAUUAUGACUGAUAGUAAGAAAAUAGGCUAUUUAGACAGAAAACAAAAAAAGAUCCCCUUUUUUUUUCUUUUAAUAAAAUGUUUGAUGGUCAGAGUACAGGAAACAAUCCAAAUUCUUAGCAUGUCCUUGGCAGUAAAACUUAUGGCAAAGUAUUUGAUGUUGUAUAUGAAGGGUGUGUGAAAAGUUUGUUUCUGCAGUUAAAACUAUUCCUAGAGUUCUGAAACUUUCAAUACAGCAUUUAUUAGAGGUAAUGAAGCAUUUAGUAGUCGUAUUACGUCCUCAAAUUUUAAACAGUAUCGUUGAAGCCAGAAAAUCAUCUUUUUUUCUGAAGAACGAGUACUUAACAUAGUAAUAUUCUGGGACAAGUACAGAAAAUGCUGUUGUAAAUGGCACAGAUUGCUGAGUCAUUAAUGUUGCAAUAAAACAGUUGUAAUGCCAUGUCUACAGGGCCUUUGACUAUUCAAAGAAAUUCUUUUCGUAAGGAAUGCAGUGUGUUCUUAGCACUGAGCAUUUUCAUAUGGCUAUUUUCAGAUAGCUUACAUGUUAGAUUAAAGUAUUUUAUGCUAAUACAUAUAUGGCAAACUUUUUAAAGAAAUUUGUUCACGAGUAUACAUUUAUAGAGACACGAAUUAGGUGCUGUUAUUAUAUCUGUUACUAUAAAUAGUAACAAAUUUAUGUUAAUACUACAUAUUUGACUUGCUAACACCUUUGGUCUUUGGAGGAACAUCCAGGCAUUCUAACAUUGAUGUGAUAUUGCGAUGUAUAUAAUAAAAAAGAUAAGGGAUGGGUAUACCUUAGUUUCAUUAUUGGCACUAGGUAUGCUGUUAUGGCUAGAAGACACAGCCCAACCAUAUAUGCAGUUGGUAUAUUUCCAGUGUCGUGAUAGUUAUCCAAUCAAAGUUAUAGUUGGGCUCUUUGAUCUGGUUGUGUUCAAUAUUGAACAUUUAGAGGGGUUGAAUUCCAUGUCUGUUUUUAGUAGACCAGUGUUCUUGUCUGUAGAAUUAUUGAGAAUAUCUGUCCAGAAUUAUGUUUUAUACAGUUGUAAUUUGGUAUCUUGAAUUCUCUCAAAAUUCUGGUUAUUUCUAGUAAAAGUUCAAGGUCCAUAAAAAUUCUUCCUCUCUGUAUUUUGACAUACUGCAACUUUAGUGAAUUUGAAGUGCCAUCAGUAGGUAUCCUAUGUAUUUAUCUGGCCAGGCACGAAGUAAACAAAUGGUGCCUGAUUGAAGUGCUUGCAACAUAUAUUAAUUAAGCUAUGACAUUUGUAACUUUUUUAGUGCGCAAAAAUAGGAAAAGAAAGGCAGUUCUGCUUACUUAGAACUCUCAGAAAUGAAAAUAUAUACAUGUGAAUGUGUAUGAAGCUACAGCAAUGAAUUUAGAGGAGAAAAAACACGCCCCAAGUUCAAUUUGUAAGACAGUUUUCUCUGGUCUCAAACGUUUGAUCCCUUGGAAUUCAAGAUACCAAGUUACAGCUAAAUGAAAAAUUACUGGAUAUGUAGGGUAUAAAAUGAUCCUGGUUAUAUUCACACUUUACUCUGCUAAAAUAUCUCUGCAGCGAGGUACAUUAUUUUUAGCUCACCUAUCACGAAGUGACAAGGUGAGCUAUUGUGACCGCUUGAUGUCCGUCGUCCAUCGUGCGUCAACAGUUUGUAAAAAAAUCUUGAAAACCACUGGGCAGAAUUACACCAAACUUCACAGGAAUGAUCCUUGGGUGGCCCCCUUUCAAAAUUGUUCAAAGAAUUGAAUUCCAUGGAGAACUCUGGUUGCCAUGGCAACCGAAAGGAAAAACUAAAAAUCUUCUCAAAAACCAGAAGCCCUAGAGCUUAGAUAUUUGGUGUGAAGCAUUGCCUAGUGGACCUCUACCAAGUUUGUUCAAAUCAUGACCCAGGGGUCACUUGAUUUUACAUAGGAAGAUCUUAAAAAAUCUUCUUCUCAAAAAGUAGAAGGCCUAGAGCUUAGAUAUUUGACAUGUAGCAUUGCCUAGUGAACCUCUACAAAAUUUGUAUAAAUCAUGACCCCCGGGGUCAAAAUUGACCCCGCCCCAGGGGUCACUUGAUUUUACAUAGGAAAAUCUUAAAAAAUCUUCUCAAAAACCAGAAGCCCUAGAGCUUAGAUAUUUGACAUGUAGCAUUGCCUAGUGGACCUCUACUAAAGUUGUUCAAUUCAUGACCCCGGGAUCAAAAUUGACCCCGCCCUAGGGGUCACUUGAUUUUACAUAUGAAAAUCUUCAAAACAUUUCUAAAAAUAAACCAGAAGGCCUAGAGCUUAGAUAUUUCACAUGUAGCAUGGCCUAGUGGACCUCUACAACAUUUGUUCAAAUCAUGACCCCCGGGGUCAAAAUUGAACCCGCCCCAAGUGUAACUUGAUUUUACAUAUGAAAAUCUUCAAAAAAUAAACCAGAAGGCCUAUAUCUUAGAUAUUUGACAUGUAGCAUUGCCUAGUAGACUUCUACAAAAUUUGUUCAAAUCAUGACCCCCCCCCCCCGGGGUCAAAUUGGCUCCGCCCCAUGGGGUUACUUGAUUGUACAUAGAAAAAUCUUCAAAAUUUUCUUUAAAAAAAACCAAGAAGGCCUAGAGCUUAGAUAUUUUACAUGUAGCAUUGCCUAGUGGACCUCUACAAAAUUUGUUCAAAUCUUGACCCCCCAGGGUCAAAUUGACCAAGCCCCAGGGUUACUUGAUUGUGCAUAGGGAAAUCUUCAUAAAUUUGCUAAAAAUAAACCAGAAGGCCUAGAUCUUAAAGCUUUAGCUAAGAAAUUUGUUCAAGCAAGCAACUCUACUCAGGUGAGCGAUCCAGAGCCAUCAUGGCCCUCUUGUUUCUUUUUAAAACAAUUCACUGCUGUAAAGUUUGAAUCUGUGAUUUGACGUUUUAACAUUUUUAUGUACUAUACUACUAUUUAUGAAUGUUUUAAGUAUUAAGAUCUCCAGUUUCUUGCGUGGGAGCAACUUGCACGAUGUGUAUAUUCAGUAAAGGAUGAAAUGCUGUUCAUAGCAAGUUUGCUAUUUUUUUCAAGGGCUAUUUUUUGUUUUGCACGUAUCUUUUUGGCAGAUGCCAUUUGAAAUUCAUCAGUGAUGUUGUUUAUUGCCGAUGUCAAUGUUGCAUUGAUGAAUAAAAAAUUUUCAAUCUGG